AGUGUCUCUGUGAUGUGGAUCUAAAAAAAAAGCCCUUGCUCGUGUAAUGUGGUUGUCUUCGCUGCGAGCCCCAAGCAGCUUACGAUCGAUAUACAGAGGGCUUCGUAGCACAUCGUCCGCUAGGUACUCAAUUAUGAGCAGCUAUCAAGUACAGCACUGCGACGAAGCGAAGGCUUUCUUUAUAACACUCGGAAAUGAGAAAGCCAUUUUAGAAUAUGAAAAAGAAGGCAGUGACAUACUAAAUAUGUGGCAUACAGAGGUGCCUGUAAGUCACAGAGGGCAUGGUAUAGCCGCGCACUUAGCCAAGGCUGCAUUUGACUUCACUGUUGAGAAUAACCUAAAGUUUCGUGCUACCUGUACAUACCUACAAAAGUACAUUUUAGAACAUCCAUUACCAGAAUACACCGAGAGAAGCCUACCUCCCAAGUAACACCUAAAGAAGGCAAUCAUCACUGAUUAUGAUACACAGAAUUAUAUGUAGUCUCCCAACUAAACAAAGGUACAUCUCGGAAAUGUUUCCAACCACAUUUGGGCAGAGUAAGUGUCUCUCUCAAGUAAUGCCAACAGAAUUACAUGUCAAGAACGUCUCUUUUAUGGUCCAAGUAAUGAGAGCAAAAGUCCCAAAGAACUGUCACUGAAAGAGAAUGAUUUCUUCUUCAAGUACUGUGGCACCCACAAAAGUUCAGUACAUUCCAGAGCAUGCUAGUUACAGGGCAGAGCUCAUCUUACAAAACAGAAAUAGCCUGGUUUCUAUGUCAUCACUCCUUUCAAGUUGCUAGAGUCCUACACUUACAUAGUCUAUGUACUGAUUUUUUCACACUUUAAUUUUUUUGUGGACUAGAAAGUUUCAAAAUUUGAAGCAGUCACAAAAUUUUUGUGGUGUUGUUGUUUUUUCACUACAUAUGGCUAUCAUCUAUUGGCUUUUCUUGCACUUUAAGGAGAUUCGAUACAGUUUCCCUAACUCCCAACCAUGAUACUGUAUCUUAAUUGCUGCACACCUGAAGGUUUUGUUUAAUUUUUUGUGUAUCACUUCACAGGAAAUGUUUUCCUCUGAAUAAAGUGGGGCAUCAGUAA